AUGGGAGUCUGUUACAGCGAAGAAUAAAAACAAAAUGCAGUUAAUGGAAAUUUUAACACUCAGCUAGAUAAUAACACAUUUGGUGGAUAUGAAUAUAAGGGUUUAUAGACAUAAAAUAAACAGGUGUACGCAAAUCAAUCCCAAGCUAAUUCACCAUCAAAAAAUUAAGAUUUUCAAACUGCUCAAAUUCUAAACAACGGCACUUAAAAUUAAGGGAAAGAAACUUAUAAUAUCUAUAAUAAUUAGUAGGAUUUAGGAAAAAAUAAUCAAUCAAAUAAUUCAUAUGCAGCUAAUUAGAAUGGAUUUAAUUAAAAUAGUUCUCCCAGCUAAAUUAUAAAUAAUGAAAAUAUAUAAUAAAAUAGGGAAUCUAUAAGGCUUUCGAGAAAAAAAAUACCCCAACUCUAGCCAUUUAUUUAUGGACUCGAUCCUCCAGAUGAGAAAAAUAAGCAUAAAGAGUUUAGACAAGCCUAAAGGCUGCCAAACGGAUCUACUUAUGUAGGUGAGUGGUUUGCUGAUAAAAUGCAUGGUAAAGGAAUUCUAACAUGGCCUGAUGGAUCUAAAUAUGAAGGAUUUUUUGUCGAAGGAAUGAGGCAAGGAAGAGGUCGUUUCACUUCUUCAGAUGGUGACAUUUAUGAAGGUGAAUGGAAAGGUAAUAAAGCUGAUGGGUACGGUACUCAGUACACAGAAAUCUCUACUUAUACAGGGGAAUGGAAAGAUGAUUAGUAGCAUGGAAUGGGAGAAGAAGAGUGGAUAGAUGGAAGCAAGUACAAGGGUGAGUAUUUUAAAGGCAAAAAACAUGGAAAGGGAGUUUUUGUUUGGUUUGAUUAAACACAAUACGAGGGAUCUUUUGAGGAUGGAUAAAUAAAUGGUUAUGGCAUAAUGUCAUAUCAUAAUGGUAAAAGAUAUGAAGGAGAAUUUAAAGACGGUAGACUGCAUGGAAAGGGCUUCUUUACAUGGCCAGAUAGGAAAUAAUAUUAAGGGGAAUAUGUAGAAGAUAAAAAGCAUGGCAAAGGUGUAUUUAUUUGGCCUGACGGAAGAAAAUACGAAGGCUUUUGGGUCAAUGGUUAACAACAUGGAAUUGGCAUUUUUUAUGAUAGAGAUGGUAUCCCAAGGAAAGGAGAAUGGGAAAAUGGGCAGAGGAAAAGAUGGUUUGAAGAAGAUAUUAAUGCUAGUAAUAGACUUUUAGCUGAUCCAAGAAAUAAAUUAUACUAAUCAGGUAACUCAAAUACCUAUAGUUAAAAUUCAAAUAAUGUCUUUGGUGUAAACAAGUAACUACAAAGCAAUUCUAAUAUAAUAAGGCCUUUUAAUAUUGAAAAUUUUAAUUAAGAUUUGAGUAACGAUAGCUAUAAUUAUGGAUCGUAAUACUAAACACCAAGCCACAACCCUGUAACAUUUAAAAAUUAAGAUGAAGUAAUUAUGAAUAAUAUGGGAUAUGCUAAUAAUUUUAAUACAAACUCAAAUUAAAAUUAUAUGAGAAAUCCAAGCUAUUACUAGCAGAAUAAUGAAAAUUAGCAAUACAACAACGUGUUUAGUAAUUAUAAUAGUAACGGUGGAAGUAAUUAGAAUAAUGAGCAUAUAUCUCAAACUUAUCAAAAUAGAUAUUGA